GUCGGGCGAUUUAUUGUUUGGAUGUUGCCAUUUAUGACUUUAUUAAACCACUAUAUCACUCUGAGAUUGGGCGUUUUAGAGUAAUAAAGUGGAUUUAAUAUCUUUGGCUUUUGAACUGUUGGUCCGACACAACAGGACAUCACUUUCUGUAAAUGUUGCCAUUAACAUUGUUAUAAUUUGUUUUAUUUAAUGUAGGUUCUAAUCAUGUUUUAAAGCAUCAAACCGUUUUGCAGGUAUUGAUGUCAACACAAGAAUAUCCUAUAAACGGAUCCGGGUGUGUGAAAUGUGAAACUGGUUUAUGUAUCACUUAAAAUUUCUCAUCAGUGGACUCAAACUACCACAUGAAGCAACUGAGAUAAAAAACAUCAUCAGCUUUCAGGCAAGCAGCAUCAAAGAAGCCAGACCACGUCCACCAAUGUAGAUGUUUUCCUUCGGAAGUCAGUGAGCUGCUGUAGCUGGAAGGGUUAGUUGGAAACAUUGCGAGAGAGAAGACAAAUAAAGUAGAAUUUGUUUUGCCUGAUGUCAUAGUUUACUUCUGAGGCGCUGUUGCCUGCAGGUUACUUCAAAAAGUAAUAUUCAGUCGCCGAAGACUAACAUGUAAUAUUGCAGGAAUCUGGAAAUGAGCCAUUAGUGCUUACCAGAUUUACUUUUUGACUUGUUAUGCUGACACACACACACACACACACACACACACUAUUUAUUUGAAUUCCACUGUAAACUAUGCAAACGAGACAUCCCUUUUUACUGUCCAUAAUAAUCAGCGGAAAGAGGAUUGUGUAUGUAAAUGAAGGGUUAUCAUAACUCUGUGUGAGUAGUGUGUGUGUGUGUGUGUGUGUGCGUGCAUAUUUUGCUUUGUCUCACUACACUGCCAAUUUAGAAAAGUAUAUUGAAUGUGGCAGAAUCAGCGUGUUGCUGCAGGGUUCGGGUGGAGUAACAGGAAAUUGUGAAUUUGAGGUAAGCUUUGUCAGGUACCGUUCGCGUUUAAUUAAGUUUUUAAGAAUUGAUAGUCAACGGGUUCAACAACAAUAGUUGUAGCGCCAAAGCUAAUCAUCUGAGAUUUGUUUUUGCCGUCUCAUACUGUCUGUGCGCUCGGUUCUGUCUCUGGCAGCCCAACACUUUUUCACAUAGGUACGAGGUGCAUUCCUGCACAUAGUGAGAGGGGAGGCAAAGCACGUGGGCCUCCGUCUCUUUUUCCACUCUCUCUCUUUCUUUUGGUCCCUCUGCCGCUAUCCAAAUAUCCUCUUUCACCUUCAUCGCGGUUUCCUCACUCUGCACCUUUUCCUCCAUCAUCUGUUCUUCAGAAGGAGUGAGGAGAGGGAAUACAUCGGGUGUGUAUGUUGUGAGUUUUGCAGUAGUGGAGACAGACAGAGAAUGGCCCGUUCGAGAGCGCGACCCAGAGUGUGGUUGUGGCGAGCGGUGACAUGGCCUGUGGCACAUCUCUCCACGCUGUUUGGACUCCAUCAGCAGGCCGGGUCCAACAGAGUGGCAGGUAGGCUUGAGCUCGAGCUGGUGUUCAUCAGUCAGUGUUGUCAGGGUGGGCCGAGCAUUGUGGGUGUUUUUGGAACAUCACGUUUUCUCAGAGCCACAGCUAGGAACUGCUUGCUAUAGUAGCAGUUCUCACUGGUCAGUUAGUCAGUGCAGUAGUUGGGGGGUUUGGUGCCUUGCUCAAAGGCACUAAAACAGAUUUGUAAUUGACUUUACCUGUAUGGAUGCAACGCCUUUUAAGGGAAGCAGGAUGGAAAUAUUAAGUGUUAUUAAGAAGCUUUCAGCCUAUUUACUGCCAACUACCAGGUUUCUUUUUAAUGUUAAUGUGUCUCAUGUUACACUGUACUCACAGUUUCAGUUAUAUUGCAUUCCCAUUGAAUUCAUGCUAAUUGAAUGUGUCUUUUUGGGGAUCAAAAUCUAAUCAGUCAGUCACAGUGGAGGCUAUUGUUUACCUACUCUAAACAUAUCUUGCUAAGGUAAUCUGAUUACUACCAGAUGUUUCCAGCUUAUUCUAAUUCAAUACUUUUCCUCUAAUCUUGUUAGACAUUAUAGAAGUAAACCAAUAAUCAGUAAAUGCCUGUGUUUCUUUCUAUUUGUGUCGCAUUCAAAUGACUCAUAUCCUGUUAGAUUGUAUCUGUCACUCUCCAAUGGUCCUCAAUAGAUGAUCUGUAUGGCUGUCAAUGACAGGUAUCAGCCUGAGGGCAGGAAACUCCCAUUGGCAACAGGUCAUACCUUCUAGGGUCAUGCAACCACAUAGUUUCCAUUCAGUCAUCACACGACAGGAAUUCUCACACCCUCCUUUCAUGAUAAUAAUAUCAAAUAUUCCAUCAGUUUCCCUUUGGCAUUUGUAACACUGUUUGAUGUGGAAAUGGACUAAAGAUUGAUUUUUGAGAGUUAAGAUUCGGCACUUGCAAGGAAAAGCAGCCAAGCACACUCCCAUUGCAGAAUAUUUGAUAUGGUAAUCAUCAACACAUUACUCGGACACACAAGCUUUUUAGUGGGAUUUGUUGGUCGGAUGUUGUGUUUCCCUUUGCUUUCCUUUUUUUGUUUCCUUAGCUCAGAGGAAGGUGUGUAUGCAUCAGACAUAGCCUCAGGAUCUUUGUUGCAUAAAAUGUGUUUGUUAUCCUACUGCUAUGAGUCUACGCGCACACACACACACACCCAGGAGUGAGUGUUUGUCCGUGCUUUUGCAGGGUGUGUUCCUGAGUGUGACAUUUGGAAGACAAUGGCAGCUUAUUGUUGCAAGGCAGGGAGUAACUUCAACGUCAGGGUCUGCCUGCACUUCACCAUGCAGAGGCCAGUUCAAAGUCCUCAUAGAAGCUGAAAGAGGUGUGAUACUAAAGCAAAAGAGAAAGUCAAACAUGCUAACAGAGUGUAUCUUUUAAUUUCAUUGUUAUUUUCAUUUAAGAGAGAAUAUUCAAGAGUCUGAGGGUUAUGAUGAGUGGAGUACUAUGUAUUUCAUACCUUGUGUGAUUAUUUAAACAUUAGGCUGCUGUGUGUGUGUGUGUGUGUGUGUGUGUGGCUGUAGGACUGGGGGACACGGCUGAAUCAAUAUCUCAUUGUAACAAACAAUACUUUUCUUAUAUCAGUUUUAAAACAGGGUAAACGUAUGCAAAAUCACAGACGGAACAGUCAAUUUGGUGUUUAAUUGAAUGAGCUGUGUUUUACAUUACAUCUGACAAAACUCUAAAAUAAAACGUCAUUAACUAAUUUUGUUAUAUUUGUAUCUCAACCACAUUUUGAAACACAAUGUGAUCAUUUCAUCACAAGGAAAUUCAACUGAUUAAUAGAUGAAUGAUAUAAUAUGAGGACAUAUCUGUAAAUAAGUCUGUGCUUGGUGCUGUUCGCUCUUUUCUCACACAUUAGUGCAGGUUGUUCUGUCUCCAUCUCUUUGUGUUUCCUCUUUCCUUGUUUAAGCUCUUUGACCUUCAGCCUCCUUUAAUUCUUUAAACCCACUAUUAGAACGCCACCAUCAGCCUCCAUGAUACCACAGCCUGAUCUAUUUAACACUGUUUUGAGGCUCUGUUGCGGCUUCAGGUUUCCCCUCAUUCAGCCGUACAAACAUGGAGACUUCUAGGCUGCAGACAGCCUGAUAUAUGACCUUUUUCCUGGACAUCACACCACUUUUUCUAGAUGUGCCGAACGUCGAUCAAGCCCUUCACAGCCACGAAGAGGAAUGUUGUAUUUGACAUUCCAACAGUUGACACACGUACACAAACAGAGUUUCAGUCGUGUUCAGCUACUGAAAGCUGAGAUGUUGAACACUGAUAAUUAAACAGCAUUACGUAAGAAAAGUAAAAUGUCUAAGUAAGGUUUCUAUGCUCAGCCUUACUUUGUGAAACUGUGCACUGCAAAUGGUUUUUUGCAAAUUUCACUUGAAUUAAAGAAAGAAUUACUUGCAGGUUUUCACUAGUUUUCUAGUAAACAAGACACAUAAGGGUGCAAGAUACAAUCAUUCAGUGAGAAUGUAUUAUGUAGUGUAUACAGAGAAUAUAAAGGCCCGUUGUGUCGUUGCUUGAGUCAUAAUUAUUGUUUUGUCUCUUCCCUGUUUCUUGCUGUUGGUAUAAGAUUGUCUUCAAGUUUAAUUUCCCUGUUUCUGAUUUCCUUAUUCUUUUUCCUGGUUUUUAAGAAGGUUUAUCUCAACUCAGCUAACCAGACACCAGUUUAAUCAAACCAGGAAUGUAAUUUUACUUUUUAUUCACUUAUUUAUUUAUUUACUUUUUUUUCCUCCAGUUUUAGUUUUAGAUUGUUUGAAUUGAUGGUAAACUGAGACUAUCCGACAUGUAUGUAUCUGUGUGUAUCACGUGCACUCGAGUGUAUGCAAGGCCUUUAAACCUGUCCCUUUAGUGCCUCCCUUUUUCAUGGAGAGCUAAGGAGGGGGAGGGAUAUAUUAUACUCCGGCUUUAUUAAGAGUUUUUUUCUCACACCAAAAGAUCGUGUCUCUCCUGAGAGUGAGGACAGUCCCCAACAAAAGCUCAUUGUACACACCAGCAGCUAUUUUUUCAGAAGCUGCUCUGGACUAAUCGGACUCUGUUCUCUCAAAAAUCGUUCCCUCUCCACAGUCAUCUAAACAUAGUAGAUAUACUUCAUGCAGAUCUUUCACUUCACUUGUUUUCUACGUCACACUCUCCUUUCGAUCAAUACUCCAAAAGAAAACUUGUUUUAAACUAAAUCAUGUUGAUGUCUUCAUGUACAUUGGCUCCUUCCUGAAAUGUAGGGCAAAGUUAAACGGACAGAUUGAGCUGUUUCAGUUCACCCACAAAUAUCAUGGUAUUUUAGACCGGUGUUGGAAGUUAGAAUAUGUAAGUUGGAGCUGGUUGUAAGCACAGAAAGGAAUGAGUAGCUUUUGUCACCACAGGCUGCAUUAAUGACCUGGUGAACAUAGCAGUGAAACCAGCAGGAAAUAGCAAACACAAAGAAAACAGGAUAGAAGGAAGGAUGGAGGAUUGUUCAUGGUAGAGGAAAAAAAAACAUUUGGUGCCAAAGCCUGUAGCCCCUUAAAGGCAUACUGUGAAGUUGGUCUGCAUCUUCCAUCAAAGAAAAUCUACAGGCAGAUUGUUUUCCUGCAGAUAGAGGUAUGAGCCAAUUGAAACAAUGGGAGGGGCUGUUGGGCUAAUCCUCCACUCAUGUGACUCUACUGAAUCAUUAACCCAAGGAGGCUCCUCCUUCAAUAACCUUCCCCCCCUCUCCUUCCACGAUUCGCUGAGAUAGCUGCGGGGAGGGUACGUUUUGAUUACUCUGAGGGUUGGGAGGUGCUUGGGCCAGGCAGUCCUGCUGAGGCAUUGGAGAGGAGACAGAGAAAACAAGUGGGAGAGUUACAGACAAUAUGCCUGACAGGUGGAGUCUCCCACAGCGCUUUGUUAUGGAAUGCAGGACUUUGGAAAGAAAGACGACGCCACGUUGAACAGGAAACUGUCUCAGCACCGGGUAGGCUGAUUUAAACAGCAAGAGCCAUGAAGAGCCCGGUGGUUUAUGGCAACCCAGUCAUGUUUGGUCCAGUGGAUUGGAACUAUGCAGUUGGUGCCCCGGUAAGGAGAGGUAAGAGUGUGGACGAGCUGGGCGAUGCAGGCUGGGCCAGAGAGACAGAGAGGAUAGCCCAUCUGCAACAGAUUCAACAACUACACCAGUUUCAGCUUCAGCAGCAACAGGUUGGAUAUCCUGCAUAUGGAGUCGUUCCUCACGGACAGCCACAGGGACACAUGGUGCCAAGCCCUGGUGACCCAGUUCCAGCUCCAGGCUGCCCCAUGCCAGUACAUGGCGGCAUGAUGGUGCCGAUAGGUGGGCUGGGGCCACCUGCAGUGCAUGUGCCUGCUCCAUGGCCAGCACAAUGGGAAAACCAAGCACAAAUUAGACAGGGCAAUGUCUGCCAGCAACCCAGUCGAGAGUAUGAUGACCUGCACAAGGCAGCUUUCCAAGAGAAUGGGCCCCGAGGCCGGGAUGUUUACUUCCACCCUGGUUCAGAGGAUGGUUACCUAAAUGUGAGGAUAUCUGAAUGGAAAGGCGGACAUUGUUUUUACCAGGGCCCUGAGGAUUACAGCCACCAGGACUACAGCAGAGUGCCACAAGAAAAAGCCAAUAAGGAAUUAAGAACUCAAGAAGGGUUUGGUAAAUUGGACGAGGACAGAAGAAGAAGGGACGACUGGGACAGAGAAAAUGACCGUUAUGACCACAGGAAUCCUAGAGACUUGGAGGAGUAUGAUCGUAAGGACAAAUACAGCCACAGGGAUCAUUAUGACAGGAAAUAUGAGCGCUGUGACGAUAGAGAUCAGCAAUAUUAUGACAACAGGAAACACCGUAAUCAUGACUCCAGAGAACCAGACAGAUACAACAGUGAGUAUGAAGACUCCUAUGAUCGUAAAGACACCUAUGCUCGCAGAGACAAUUACAGGGACAGUGAUCACUACGAUGACCAUGAUAGGGAUUAUUAUGAUUCUAAAGAGAGUGAUCGCUAUAGAGAUAAGGAAUAUUACCAGCGUAGAGAGGAGGACCGCUACUAUGAUGAGCGAAAACGUAAGGACCGUUAUUAUGACCAGCACGCAGAGGAUCGAUAUGAUCGCACAGAAAGUGACUACAAAGACAGAGAUGACUAUAAUCGAAGGGGUGAGGGAACUUACACUAGUAAAAGAAGGGGCCAGUAUGACUCUGAGCUGGACGAGCACAGUGGUUACAGGGAGAGUUACAAGGAUCCAGGUGAUGACAGGAAAGAUGAGCCCAGAAGGAGAGACCCCUACAGAGCACAGGGGCACUAUGAGCGGAGGGCUGUGGACAACUACGACCAUGAGAAUGAAGACCGCUACAAUUCCAGGGAAGGCGAUCGUUCCCACUACAAGGCCAGAGACAGAUUUCGGGAUUUGCGUUCAACAUCCGUAGAUUCGCGAUGCGAGGAAUACCCUAAAAAAGAUACCAAAACACACUGUGAGCAAUGGGUUGAGCAGCAGAACCAGAAGUUGGCGCUCAGGGAAAUGCACUCUUUUGAGGAUCCCGUUAUAUACCAGCACAGUGACGAUCAGGAAAGGGGAUACGAGUCGAGCGCUGGGAGCAUUGGUUCAAAACGGGGUCGCAAGCCUGUUUACAUGGGCUCGCUAGAUCGUAACAGCUUCUACAGGAAGACAGCCCCGAGCUCCUUGCAAAAGUCCCAUUUUGCCACUACCAGGAAACAAAACAAAGAGAUGACGCUGCUGUCGUCCCAGCCCAAACCGCUCGACUCAACCCCGACCUCGGACUCGACCCCCGCCGCCGGCGGUACAGGCACCGAGGAUCCCGAGCUGAGGAUGCUGGAGAAGAGGUCAAAGGUCAUCGAGGAGCUGCUGCAGACUGAGAAGGACUACAUCAAAGACCUGCAGAUGUGUGUCGAGGAGAUCAUCGAGCCACUGCAGAAGAAGCGGGUGAAGAAUGUGGACUUUGAUGGGCUCUUUGGCAACAUCAGCUCAGUGAUCGACUUGUCACAACGCCUGUUUGAAACACUGCAGGACACAGACUCUAUUGGAACGAUAUUUCUUGACUUCAAAGCGGAGCUGGAAGACGUUUACAAGAUCUACUGCCAGAACCAUGAUGAUGCCAUCUCUCUGCUCGAGAGUUAUGAGAAGGACGAAAAUAUCCAGUGUCACGUGUUGGAGUGUCUGGAGAGACUGAGGGCCAUGUAUCGCGAGUGGGGGAAAACAAAUUACAUCAACCUCGGCUCUUUCUUAAUCAAGCCGGUGCAGCGGGUGAUGCGUUACCCGCUGCUGCUGAUGGAGCUGCUGGGGGCCACACCGGAGAGCCACCACGACCGGCCCCAGCUGACUCAAGCUCUGCUGGCCAUCAAAGAGAUCAACGUAAACAUCAAUGAGUACAAGCGCAGGAAGGACCUUGUGGUUAAGUACAGGAAAGUCGACGAGGACACGUUCAUCGACAAGAUCUCCAAGCUGAGCAUGCACUCCAUUAUCAAAAAAUCCAACCGUGUCAGCAGCCACCUCAAACACCUCACCGGAAUUUCACCCCAGAUUAAAGACGAAGCGUUUGAUGAGGCUGAGAAGAAGUUCAGGCUGCAGGAGAGACUCAUCAAGUCUUUUAUCCGGGACAUUUCCCUGUACCUGCAACAUAUAAGGGAAUCAGCAUCUGUAAAGGUCUUGGCAGCCAUCAGCUUCUGUGACAUCUACACAGAGCGAAGUGUCCUCGACCCCGAGCGCUUCCAGAGAGCUCACCGCUGCAUCAGCGACAAACAGUUCACACAAUUUAAGGAGCGCACAGAGGCCUUAGUCAUCAACCCGCUCACCCAGCUCCUCCUCAUGUUCGCUGGGCCGCACAAACUCAUCCAAAAGCGCUUCGACAAGCUGCUGGACUACGACAACUGCAAGGAGCGCGCUGACCGACUCAAGGACCGCCGUGUACAGGAUGAGCUGCAGGCGGCGCGCAACAACUAUGAGGCGCUCAACGCCCAACUUCUGGACGAGCUCCCCAAGUUCCACGGUGCAGCAGAGGAGCUGUUGACUGGCUGUGUGAGAGCUUUCGCUCAAUCCCAGAAGCACUUCACGAAAAUGACACUGGGAGAGCUGAGGCCUCUCCUCCAGGCUUUUUCUAACAAAGCUGGCACAGAGGGCAACCUGAUCUCUAAGUUCCAAGAAGAGUACGGUCGAGUUCUCCAACUUCUGCAGAGCUUUAGCUUCUGCCCAGAGAACCUCCCUCCAGCCACCUCCACAAAAAAGACCUUCGAGAAGAAGACUCUUGAGAAGCAGAUCUCUAAAAAGCUGCAGGCGCCUCCCAACCACAUCAUGCAGACUGAUGAGCACCGUGCAGGACUUCUGGUACGCUAUGGUCCUGAGAAACUUUUCCAGGCAGAGAGAAACUUCAAUGCAGCGCAGGAUUUGGACAUCUCUAUACUAGAAGGAGACCUUGUGGGUGUAAUCAAGCAGCAGGACCCCAUGGGGAGCAACAACCGCUGGCUAAUUGAUAACGGAGCCGGCAAUGGCUUUGUGUACAGCUCCUUCCUCAAACCCUACAAUCCACGCAGGAGCCAUUCAGACGUCUCCAUCGAGAGCCAAUCAUCGAAUGAGUCAGGCUACGGCGGCUCCUCGCCUGUUUUCUCCCGCCAAAACAGCAACAGCACACUGACCUUUAACCAGGACGCGGCCACCGUCAGCUUUUCCACAUCGCAGCCCCAAACCCAUUCAUCGCCGCACCCUUCGCUGGACUCUGCCUCAUCUCGUAGGAGUCAGCACAGAGAUGCACCCAGCCUGGAGUCUGCCAGUCAGAGCAACUCCAUAAACUCCUCCCCGAGAAAUCCCUCAAAUCGCAAGGAAUACUCAGACCAAACGCAUCGGAAUUCCGCCGGUCUCAGAGACACAGAGCCUUCUUACCGGCAUUCAGGCAAUCACAGAGACACGUACGACGCGAGUUACGCAAGUCUGAGCAGCCACAAGGAGAUGUCGGACCUGUCGGAGACAGAUUCUUAUUCCUCACUCAGAAACAAUCGCUCACAGCGGUAUGGACACACGGACAAAACCUACAGUUCAUACCAGUGGAAAAAUGGAGAUAGUAGUGGCCAGAAGAAAAGUUCUUACUCCAGAGAUGAGUACACCGAGCCCGAGCCGGAGCCGGAGCCGGUGCCGGAGCCGGUGCCGGAGCCGGAACUGGAACCGGAACCAGAACCAGAAGAUGAGAGUGAAUUAGAUAGUCAUCAGAUUUACUACGCUCUCUACUCCUUUGACGCCCGUUGUGCCAAUGAACUGAGCAUCUCAGCCAAUCAGCGGCUGCGGAUACUGGAGUUCAAGGACAUGAACGGCAACGGUGACUGGUGGCUGGGGGAGGCAGGAGGCCGGCGAGGCUACGUGCCUUCCAACUACAUCCGCAAAUCAGAAUAUACAUGAACCAACUUUUAUCCUGAGACUGUACUUGGACUUGAAGAAGUCUCACU